UAGUUGAAAAAGGGUUACAUAAAUAGUUUAUCCGGCGAUAAUGAUCACAUGGCACGACCUCUACACGGUGCUGACGGCGGUAAUCCCACUCUACGUCGCUAUGAUCCUCGCUUACGGCUCCGUCCGUUGGUGGAAAAUCUUCUCACCAGACCAAUGCUCCGGAAUCAACCGCUUCGUCGCCAUAUUCGCUGUCCCUCUCCUCUCCUUCCACUUCAUCUCCACCAACAACCCUUACACCAUAAAUAUCCGCUUCAUCGCCGCCGAUACUCUCCAGAAAUUAAUCAUGCUCACUCUCCUAACCCUAUGGGCUAACUUCACUCGCUCAGGUAGUCUCGAGUGGAGCAUCACCAUCUUCUCCCUCUCCACGCUUCCCGACACGCUCGUGAUGGGUAUCCCCCUGUUAACCGCCAUGUACGGCGAGUACUCCUGCUCGCUCAUGGUCCAGGUGGUCGUUCUCCAGUGUAUAAUCUGGAACACGGUUCUCCUAUUCUUAUUUGAGUACAGAGGAGCGAAGAUUCUGAUCAUGGAGCAGUUCCCCGAGACGGCCGCUUCUAUCGUCUCUUUCAAAGUCCAUUCCGACGUCGUUUCGUUGGACGGGAACGACCUACUUGAAACGGACGCUGAGAUCGGAGGUGAUGGGAAGUUACACGUCACAGUGAGGAAGUCAAACGCUUCCCGGAGAUUGUUAUGUUGUCCAAGUAUGACUCCACGUCCGUCUAAUAUCACCGGAGCUGAGAUUUACAGUCUUGACACGACUCCAAGAGGUUCAAACUUUAAUCACUCGGACUUCUAUUCAGUGAUGGGGUUUUCCGGUGGCCGUCCCUCAAACUUUGGUCAGUCGUCUAGGAGUCAAACUCCUAGGCCUUCAAAUUUCGAGGUGAGUUGUGGUAUGGCUUCGUCGCCUGGGUUAGGAUAUGACCCGGUUACUUCCGGGUCAUACCCAUCCCUGAAUGCUGAGUUCUCCUCCUCAGUUGCUAAUAAAACCAUUAACAAAAACCAUCAUAUCGGAGGAAAGUCUAGUAGUAGUCAUGAUGCUAACGAGCUCCAUAAGUUUGCUUGGGGCUCCAACGGAGGAUCCGAUCAGGGAGCAAAAGAGAUCCGAAUGAUAGUCCCUGAACCUCCUCAAAAAGCAGAAACAAAAGCUACUGGUCCGAGGAAUAUAGACUUUGGCGGCGAAGAAGAGUCGGAGAGAGUGAAGGAAGUGGCAACCGGACGAAACAAGCUUCAGUGUAACUCCAUGGCGGAGCUAAACCCUAAAGAAGCGGUGGAAACCGUACCAGUAAAACAUAUGCCGCCUGCCAGUGUGAUGACUAGGUUGAUACUGAUAAUGGUGUGGAGGAAACUCAUCAGGAACCCUAACACUUAUUCUAGUCUCAUUGGUCUCAUAUGGGCUCUCGUUGCUUUCCGGUGGAAUGUGGCAAUGCCUAGAAUCAUUCAGCAAUCAAUCUCAAUCCUCUCUGAUGCUGGUCUUGGUAUGGUAAUGUUCAGUUUGGGGUUGUUCAUGGCAUUGCAACCUAAAUUAAUCGCUUGCGGAAACUCUACUGCAACUUUUGCAAUGGCUGUGAGGUUCUUGACAGGACCAGCAGUAAUGGCCGUUGCUGCCAUGGCUAUUGGAUUACGCGGAGAUCUAUUACGUGUGGCCAUAGUUCAAGCUGCAUUGCCUCAAGGAAUCAUGCCGUUUGUGUUUGCAAAAGAAUACAGUGUUCAUCCGGCAAUCUUAAGUACAGGGGUAAUAUUUGGAAUGCUUAUUGCACUACCGAUCACACUUGUUUACUACAUUCUACUUGGGCUAUAAAAAGCUCUGUCAUGGAGAGAUUUGCUGCAGAAAAACAAGAGAAUUCCAAAUUAGUUGAAUAAAAGAGAAUGUAACACGAGGUCUAGUAAAGUUAGUGACCAAUAUUUGAUUUGAGGAUUAAAAAGCUCUUUUCUUUCCAGUAUUUUGUUUUUUUUGAUAAACUUUGAUUCCAAAGGCUUUUUAAUUUUCUUUCCAGUAUUUUCCUAGAGAUUAGAAGAUGAUGACAAUGAUAGAGACAAGAAGCGCAGAACAAGGGCAACAAGGGCAACAAGACAAAGCAACCAACAAAAGAAAAAGCGUCUGACUAUAUAUCUGAUUUUGCCCUUUUACGGAGCGUGAAGGUUGUUUUUGUAUACUAUCAUUUCUCAUUUUGUAUUUUUUUUUUGAACAACUUCUCAUUUUGUAUUAUUCAUUGUUCCUUUUUUUUUUGAACAACUUGAACUACCAUUAUCUUUUUUUUUAAAUGAAUGUUAAAUUAUAUUCAAGACCAAAAAAAAAACUGUUUUGCAUCUAGUGCAUCUAUAGAACUUUUAAAGAAUGAAAGAAGUUGGUUGGAAAAAUCAUUUCGCUAAGCAAUUUUCUCUUUUCCUUGCUUUCUUUACUACUCAGUGUCUGGUAGAGAACAAGACCUUAAGACCCUCGACAUACUUCUUGUCUCCUAACUGUCAAAUGGCAGAUAGUCUGUUCCUCAUUGUUUUAUCCAAGAUCUUGAUAAGCCUCAUUAUCGGUUAUACUUAACAUUUUCUAUCGACAUGUGUUUUGAACCAUGACGGCCUAGACCAUCUUCAAAAGAUACUCUAUAACUUCAAAUAUAAAGUUUUUUGCUCUUCAAAAAUAAACUUCAAAACAUUAAAUUUGAAGUUCUAA